AUGUAUCAGGACAGGCUGAAUCCUGGAAAAAUCCUGAUCCUGGAAAAGCAGAAACUGGAUGGAGUCUUCCAAGAAGAUGCCCCCGUAAUCCGCGGAGAGAUGGUUGGAGGGUACAAGGGGGCUGAGCCUGAUGUCUCUUUAACGGCUUUUGUGCUGAUUGCAUUGGAAGAGGCCAAGGACAUCUGCAAGGAUCAAGUCAACAGUUUGAAAGUCAGCAUCAGCAAAGCCGCUGAAUACUUAGCCCAAAGGUACCAGUCUCUAACCAGACCAUACACUGUGGCUCUUGCGUCCUAUGCCUUAGCCAUGGUGGGGACACUGGACACUGAGAAGACGCUCAUGAGAGCUUCGACAGAGGGAAAUCGCUGGGAAGAGCCAAACGCCCACACCUUCAACAUUGAGGGCACCUCGUACGCCUUGCUGGCCUUGCUGAAAAUGAAGAAGUAUGAGUUGACUGGUCCCAUAGUCAGAUGGCUGAGAGAGCAGAACUACUAUGGAGGAGAAUAUGGAUCUACCCAAGCGACCAUCAUGGUGUUCCAGGCUCUUGCGCAGUACCAGAUAGACAUUCCGCAGCACAAAGACCUGAAUUUGAUCGUUUCUAUUUUCCUGUCACAUCAUUCUAGGCCUAUAAAGUACAGAAUCUCAAAUGAGGACGCUCUAGUGGCCAGAACAGCAGAGCUCAAAUGGAAUGAAGACUUCACUGUGAAGGCAGAAGGAACUGGACAAGUAACAGUAACGAUAAUUUAUAACGCAAAGCGAAAGGAAGAUGAAUCUCAGUGUAAGAAGUUUGACCUGAGGGUAUCGGUUGAAGAAGCCCAGGGUGAUAAGUAACCACCUGGCUUUUCUCUUCUGAAGCUUGCUGUCAAUCCUCAGAUCAUGGACAGCAGUGGAUUUACACCAACCAACCACCAUCUCUGCAAUCACAUUCUUAACUUUGGAAAGUAUUUUUGUGAAGCUUCUACAAACUCUCCCAGUUCCCAAGUCCUAAAAAUUAUACCCAUAGGGCAGGCACUAAAUAAUAUUUCCAGCUACUACAUGUUGUAAGUUGCAACCAAUGCAGGGUCCUUCUAGAUGAGGGAGCAGAUGCUGCCUUCUCUCAUCCUGGCACUUGUUAGCAGCAUAGUUGGAGCAUCAGAUGUGGAUGGGAACACAGGCCGGCUACUCUGGGUAUUGUCUCCCUCUAAAGCAGAGAUGAGCCCAUGCCAGGAAGUCUGGUUACAGACCCAAACUUCCAGUGCACACAUUUCCAGACAGCAUGGGUGUGAAAUCAGCAUGGGACAGAGGCUGUGCCCGUGUGGGGUAAGGCGGGG